GGUUGUGCUCUUGAGGGCCACGGCAGCUCAAAGGACGCGGCAGGCUCAGUUCCUGCGCCGCCGCCGAGGAGGAAGGAGGUCGUGCAGUCGUCGCCAGUUGAACCCUGGCUGUCUUGCUGUCUUUGAAAGAUCAUCGUGCCGACUCUGCAUUAUGCGGGCUGCAUUCUGUUUCAUAUUCGUAGCCAUCGUCCACUCCGUGGUGGUUGAGGGCUCCAACGAAGAGAUCGUCAGAAAGCAGCUCAUGGAGAACUAUGACAAGUAUUCCUUGCCCAACCAACUUACCAACGUUACUGCGCGCUUCACUAUUCUGGACAUCGACGUGGAUUCAAAGGAGAAUGCCAUGAUCCUCGAUGCGUGGAUUGCAAUGGAAUGGGCUGACCCUCGACUCACGUGGGACGUGGCGCAAUUUCCUGACGUGGACCGCAUCGCCUUCCGGCCUGACGAUGUGUGGAGGCCGGACCUGAAACUCUACAACAGAGCCCUUCUCCGCGGCACGCAAACUAAUGAAGAAUGUCUGGUGCUCGCGUUCCCCGAUGGCAAAAUCUUGCACGUCCCCCAAGUGACGUUGCCCGUGGCAUGCGAGUUGGACAUGACGUACUGGCCCGUUGACGUCCACAACUGCUCGGCCAAGAUAGGCUCCUGGGUCUACUCGGGCCUCAGGAUCGACCUCAGGCCCAAGGAUGACCAGCCAAAGGUGGAGUUCGAAAUCACGACACGAACGAAGGAAGGCAACUUCGUAUCACGACAGUCGUGGGAGGUGCUUGACAGCACCGUGGCGCGCCACGCUAAGAAGUACCCGUGCUGCCCUGAAGACUACGUCGACCUGACGCUGUCGCUGAUCAUACGGCGCGACGCUCCCUCGCUCGCUUGGACCAUCAAAACUGUCGCUCUUGUGUUGACCGUCGCGACUGGCUUGAUGCCGCCGCUGCUGAUCCUGUCGCACGCCAGACUCGUGGCCGGGCUGCUGCUGUUCAUCCUGCAGCUGCAGUUCAUUACCUACAUCGGGAGUCUGGCACACAAGUCUCCGGCAUCAUCACCUCUUGUAUUGGAUUUGAUGAACGGUCAGUUCGCGUUGACGCUGCUGUUCCUCAUCCAAACUGCCUUCAUGCUGCGAAUGAUCCGAGCCCCGCACGGCACGCGCCUGCCGGCACCCCUGCGUAGGCUUUCGUCCAUGUUGUCGUACAUCCUCUGUCUGCCGGGCUACAGAAAACUGUCCGUUGAGAGUUCGUAUCCGGGGUCCUUCCCGAAGUCCGUGAAGGGAGAGGAGGUUUCCAUGACCGCCGACCACCCCGACGCUGUCCCUGCCGACGGCAAGCACGCCGACUGGAUGCUCUUCGCCGCCGUACUGGACCGAGCCUUUAUGCUCAUCUACAUCGCGGUCUUUGUCUUCAAAGCGGCUAACUUCUGCCACAUGUUCUGAGCAAAGCCGUCUUUGUACUGUCCUUUUAUGCAGGCAGGGGAAACGAAAUUGUCCAACUUCUAUGACUCGCUUCAAAAAAUGUUGAUUUAUCUCUAUGGCAGCCACAAUCGGCCAAAUGUUCAAGGAAAAACCGGCUUUGAAUUUUGCAUUUAUGCUGCGAAAAUAACAUUUUCAAACUUCUCUCCUACACUUCAAACAAAUUUUAAUUCGUUUUUAAAGGCAGCCACAAUCUGGUACGUGUUCUGAGCAAAGCUGUUAUGAUAUACUCUUUCAAUUUAUGCAGUCGAAAUAAAAUUUUGAAAUUGCUUGUAUGCGAUUCAAACAAAUGUUUCGACUGAAUGUGGAUAUUUGCUGCAAUAAACAUAUUUUACCGGAUCGUUCAAUUUUUUUAACGUUUUUUUUUUGUAUAAAUUUUGUCUUCUUUUUUCCCCUAAGUUAGACAGACAUAUUAUCAUUCCAGCAUGUUACAAUUUCACUACGGAUCUAUGAACAUUUUUCUAAGCAUCCUGGGCUCCUAUGCUUCUGGAUUCAUUUAACGCAAUAUAUUCUUCGUAAGAUUCGUUAAUCUAUUAUAAAUAUCUUACGUUGAAUACUUCCAUACUCUUUAUGAUGCGCAUAUAUAUUUUUAGAAUAAGUGAGUUAUUUUGCAUGUUAUUGAUGGAACUCUCGUUACAAUGAAAAAUGUAAAGAAAUUGUCAUAUUAUUUCCGAAAAUUGUGAUGUUUCACUUUUUUCAGAGACUUUUUUCACGUCGCUCGAGGCGCUUGAAAAUCGGAAGUGAGAUCUAAAAAUAUCUAUAUAAAUUGUAAAUUUGAUUUGUGAUUCACGCAAUAAAAUUGAAGCUUGA